AGGUGGCAAUUCGGCGCCCUCGCCAGGGAUGAAUUUCGGUGGCAUGCUGGAGCACACGCGGUUACACGAGGAAUCCCGUUCGCCGAGAUCCGAGGAGAUCUCGCCGCCCGAGAGGUGAGACGAAUUUUGUGUCGCACGUUGCUUUUGGUUAUCCCCGAUCUCGUAUACACCUCGAGUCUACUCUUAACCUGUUGCCUGCUGCUCUCUCGGGGAGUGGGGAAAGGACACCGGAGGCAGGUGUACACCCGCGCGCGCCCAUUCGCUUCGUUCUCCCGCGAGUAAAGGUUACGGUCGAGGGUAUACGUGCGUUUUCGUGAUCGAAAGGGACGCUUCGAUUGCUCCGAAUAGGGUUGAAUAGCGCCCGGAGGGUACCCCAUGACUGCCUUUGUUGUUUGUGCCUCGCAGCGUACGCUCGAUGUAAAGUGAUACUAUGGCCGAGACUUGACGCUGCUGAAAAAUCGUCAGCGAGUUUCACUCCCGGAUUUUUCGCAAACAAGCUUCAUUACUUUGAUCACGAAACGUCGUCGUGAUUUUUGUCUAACGUGAAAGUGGGCCACUCUAUGCUCGUAAGAUUUACGGAAAAGCAUGUGUGCUUUUUGCCGAGAAAAUAACGGCAAAGUUUUCGUGGAUAUAAAUGAGUAUUUGCCUGGUUUUAUAACAGUUCACUGUUAAGAACUUGAUAUCAUUAGGGUUUGGAUAUAUAAUAAAGAAAAGAGCUUGUGUAUCUAUAGGUAUAUAAUGAAUAAAGACCAAUCUUCUUCGUCAUCACCUUGGUGGAACAGCAAACGAUUACGUUUGGAUGACGGUUGCAAUAACAACCUAAAUGGUGAUUCUCGAAAUAGUGCAAAAUGGCCGUAUUCAGGAAACACCAGUCUCAUAGAACCUGAAAUCCUAGAAGACAUGGGCGUUGGUAUGUUGGAAGAUGGAGUAAUGAAUUAUGAAAGUACAAAAAGACUACAAUCCGAACAGUGUACGAUUUUAUCAGAGAAUUUAGAUAGUAAUCAUAAAUCAAUGAUAGACGAACCUGAUGCCUUUGGAUAUCAAGAGGAGGUUUAUACAAGUUCUAAUUUGGAAAUUGUGAAUACAAACAGGAUUCAACAAGAUUCGUAUGAUAUGGAUGAUUUGGCUACGUUAGGCACGGAGAAUGAAUCUGGCUAUUCCUCAAAAAUGGAAGCUGACUAUUUUGGGGAUCUAAAGGAAAGCUUUACUAAGGAAAAGAUCAAUGCUUCCGCUGAGAAAAACGAGCAAACUUGUUUAGAUCAAUUCUGUUUGUUUAGAAGAAAAAGGAAGGCUUCUACUGAUGGCGAGGACAAAUUUAACAAGCUGUCGGAUGAAAUAAUUUUGAUGAUAUUGAAAUGGUUACCUAAGAAAUGCUUGGUACGCUCCAUGCUGGUAUGCAAACGUUGGUGUCAAAUAGCUCGUGAUGAAGCAUUGUGGACUAGAUUAGACUUGGGUAGUAAAGUUUUGAACGAAGGCACGUUAGGGCACAUACUGCCGCGAGGAGUACAAAUUUUAAGACUGGCACAGGCAGAAAUCGCAGAUCCUGUCUUUUGUGAAGGCAGCGAAGUUCUUAGCGAUUCUUAUAUCAGUAAAUUACAGUACUUGGAUUUAUCUAUGGCAGUUAUAUCGCCUGUUGGCUUGGCUACAUUAUUAUCCAAAUGUAAAUAUCUGAAAAAAUUGUCUCUGGAAAAAUGUGUAGUAAAUAGAGACUGCUGUAGAGCCAUUAGUCAAAACACUGAAUUAGAAACUUUGAAUCUAACAAUGUGCGAGAAUAUAGAUACUGGAUGUAUUAUGAAUUUAAUGAAACUUAAAUGCUUAACUGCUCUCAAUAUGUCAUGGUGUUCUCUGGAUAAUGAAUGUAUGACUUUACUUUGUCGAACACUGCCAACAUCCAUUACACGUUUAAACAUAGCGGGUUGUAGAAAAACAAUGACUGAUGAGAAUGUAAAGGACUUGUCGAAAAGAUGUCCGGAUAUUAUAGAAUUAGACUUGAGUGAUUGCGCUAUGCUUACAAUGCAUACCGUCCAUAAUUUAUUGAACUUUUCGAAGCUUGAGCACUUGUCACUGAGCCGUUGUUACAGCAUUCCACAAUCAGCGUAUAUAAGAUUAGCUCAUAUGCCGUGUCUAUUGUAUUUAGAUGUUUUUGGCCUAAUGUCGGAAUCGGUACUCAAAUCAUUACAAGCUACCUGCCGUGAACCCGAAAUUAACAAGUAUCUUUAUAGCUCGGUCGCAAGGCCAACAGUCGGUAUUCGAAGAACUAGUAUUUGGGGUCUUCGAGUUAGAGAUUAAAUUUAAUUAUUUAGGCGAUAUUUUCAAUUUAUUAUUUACGAGGGAUAGACUUCAUCUAUAAAUCAAGGAAUAGAUUUGACCAAAGGGUAACUGAUCUAUAUGUAAUAUUGCAUCUUUCUACGCAGACUGAAUAUUGUAUUGAUAAAAAGUAAAAUUUAAUGGGAAAAAGAGAUGCUUAAGGUAAUACAUAUGUUCCUUUGAAAAUUUACUAUUGAAUUGUUAUUCAGAGAUGUAUAGAACUUUAUAUACAGAUCUUUAUGUCAGACCAUUCGUUAACAGCAGGCUUAAAAUCAUUUUUAGAUGAAAAUAAUAUCGUUAUCAUAUUAAUUAAAAUAGUUUUUAAAAUUGUUUAAUUAAUUAAUCAAUCAUGUAAAUUUAAAUAAUUUAACAUUGCUUUGCUGUAUAAACAUUUCUUGUAAAUUUAUAUUUCUGUAUUUUGAUAUUAAAAUUUUCAUGUUAAAAUGAUCUCAAGAGUCUGUUAUUAACAAGUUGUGAUAAGAAAGAUUUGUAUAGAUACUAUUGUUAAUAUGGAGCAUUUAAUAUUUAACAAGUCAAUUUAUUUCGGCUGUGUAAGACCUUUUUACAAUUUUUGAUCGUGGUAUAUAAAUUGAAUUUUGUCAAAGAUUUUUGUUUUGCUGUAUACUAAUUCUUAUCAAUAAUGAUCUCAUAAAAUGAUAUAAUAAUGAUCAGAUAUGCGUGUUCAUGUAUUAUUUACAACAAAGAAAAGUUAUACAAAAUGUAAAAGCUCAAAUCUACAAUAUAUUUGUGAUAAAACUCAAUAUCUAUUGCUAGUUAACAAUUAUAUAAACUAAUUAAUUUGUUGUGCGCACAAUAAAGUUUCUUAGACUGAAAAA